AUGAACAUUCCGUGGGAAAAGACCGUGUUUCCCGAAGGUUGCCAGCUAGAUUCGCUAGUGACCUGCACCAUUUGUAAAGAGCCAUUCUCUGCUCCAGUGGUAUCUCUGAUCUGUCAUCACAGUUAUUGUUCCUUUUGUAUUCGCAACUCACUUUCGACAAAAAACCUGUGUCCGGUGUGUAAUGUCGAACUAUUGGAGUCUCAGAUAGUCAAAGUGCCAGUACUUGAGGAAAUUACACGAUGGUACACCUUCAAUAGCUCCCGAUUGUACGCGUUGGUGAAGAAACUUGAAAACCCUGAUCCUAAAGAUUCAACAGGAGAUAAUGCCCAGCCCAAGGAUGAUGAAAUUAAAGAACUUGUAGAGGUAAAGUUUGCUUCGGAAUUGGGGCCCAGAAAAACUUCGCCAUCUGAUGAUUCUUUAAUAUCCCCAAGUUCGAAUUCCAAAUACUUUUAUAUUCCUAGAAAGCUCACCGAGCAGCCCGACACAAAGAAACAGAAGCCCAAAAGACUGCGGAAAACGAUUUCUGGGUUUAUCACUAAAAAAUCUACUACUUCGGUACCCAAAAAGGAAAUAGAAAAUCAAGUGGUGGUGAUCAGUGAUAAUGAAUCGGUGAAUGAAAACUUUAGUGAUGGAGUAGUGGAAAUUUCGGAUUACGGUUCAACUUCAGAGUAUUUUGGGAAAAAGAAAGAAUACCAUGAUGUCGAUGGCGGCGGUUUGAAAGAUGAUGAGAAAGACAAAAAAAUUGAAACUCUAGAUGAGGAGAAACACGAUAGUCUAAUAGUGAACAACAAUGAUGAGUCAAAUCUCCUAAUCAAUUCUAGCAAUAAGAAGAAUUCCCUUCAAAAUUUUCUUAAAAAAACCCCAUCAGUUUUGCCAUCCUCAUCCUCUGUGUUAUCUACCACCCGUGAUAAUUCUCUGUCCGACGACCCUGGUUCCAAGAAACUUCCGAAAUUGAAUUUCUCGAUGCUUUCAGUUCCCAAAAUAAAAGAAAAGUUCAAAAAAUACAAUAUCCCAACCCCCACCCACAAUGGAAAUUCCAAACACCACUUAGCCGCCUACUAUAACCAAUAUCUUGUACUUUGGAAUUCCAAUCUUGAUUCGAAUUAUCCGAUAUCCAAAGCACAAAUUUCAGCAAGACUUCGAGAAUGGGAGCGUAUCCAGAAUUUGGACCAACAUAACCAAAGACUUAGACAGGAUUUUGGAGAAGGAAACUCUACAAAUAACCAGCAAAGAAAAGAAUACAAUAGGACAGGCAGUAGAAAUUGGAUGAACAAGUAUAAAGACGAGUUCAAUGAAUUGGUACGAAGGGCAAAAGAGAGUAAAGCAAGAAGUAAAGCGGGAGAAGUCGAGUAG